GGGGGCAGGUCUGCAUUGCCGCUUCCCCUGGUACCCAGAGCAGCCGCUGCCGCCGCCUCCUCCCAGCGGCCCGACAUCAUCCUCCCUACUUCCUUGCCACGGGGACCCUUCCCAGUCUCUCCUACACCAGGACGGAGGAUAAAUGACCUUGGCAAGGGGGGACAACCAACCAAUGUUCCCUGCAGGGGCCUGACUGCUCUUCCUUUGCUAGCCUGAACAUUCCAACUCAAUUUCAACCAACCUGAUUCUCAUUUCCUUUCCUUUCCCUUUCCCCAGCUCCCUACUUUUUGAUUAUGUUGAACAGGUUGGAGGUUUAUAUUUUCUAACAAAUACCAUCAAGGCCUUUCUCUCCUCCUCCUCACCCCUCCAAUACAUGCCCCUUUCUGGUCCUACCUCCUCUUUUAUUCUAUGCCCAAAGCUCUUUGAAUGUACUUUACCUGGGGGGAAGUGUAUUUAUUAGGGGUUCUUCUAAAAUCUAGAGGUUUUUUGAGGGACAAGACAGGGAGGGAGAGGAGACAGAGGAGGGACCCCUGAGGGGUGUCCAAAGACUUCAGUCACUGCCAUGGAUGAAGGCUUCCGUGACCGGACAGCCUUCAUCCGUGGGGCCAAAGAUAUUGCAAAGGAGGUCAAGAAGCAUGCUACCAAAAAGGUGGCCAAGGGCCUUGACAGAGUUCAGGAUGAAUAUUCCAGAAGGUCCUAUGCCCGAUUUGAGGAGGAGGAUGAUGAUGAUGACUUCCCUGCCCCAGCUGAUGGUUACUACCGUGGGGAUGGAGUUAGGGAAGAUGAAGAUGAAGGGGGUGCAUCUAGUGAUGCCACUGAAGGCCACGAUGAGGAUGAGGAGAUCUACGAGGGGGAAUAUCAAGGAAUCCCCCGGGGAGAUUCAGGAGGAAAGGGAGAGCGUUUGGCAGAUGGUGCUCCCCUGGCUGGGGUGAGGGGAGGACUGGGUGAUGGAGAAGGUCCUGGAAUUGGAGGGGAAGCUCAGCGGCGGAAGGAGAGGGAAGAGCUGGCCCAGCAAUAUGAAACCAUCUUGCGGGAGUGUGGCCAUGGCCGGUUCCAAUGGACCCUCUAUUUUGUCCUGGGUCUGGCACUUAUGGCUGAUGGGGUCGAAGUCUUCGUGGUGGGGUUUGUGCUGCCCAGUGCUGAGAAGGACAUGUGUCUAUCUGACUCCAACAAGGGCAUGCUGGGCCUCAUUGUCUACCUGGGUAUGAUGGUUGGUGCCUUUCUCUGGGGUGGUCUGGCUGACAGACUGGGUCGUCGACAGUGUCUGCUCAUCUCACUUUCCGUCAAUAGUGUCUUUGCAUUUUUUUCGUCCUUCGUCCAGGGCUAUGGAACAUUCCUCCUCUGCCGGCUGCUCUCUGGGGUCGGGAUUGGUGGGUCUAUCCCUAUUGUCUUCUCCUAUUUCUCUGAGUUCCUGGCCCAAGAGAAGAGAGGGGAGCAUUUGAGUUGGCUCUGCAUGUUCUGGAUGAUUGGUGGUGUGUAUGCAGCUGCCAUGGCCUGGGCCAUCAUUCCUCACUAUGGAUGGAGUUUCCAGAUGGGUUCUGCUUACCAGUUCCACAGCUGGCGGGUUUUCGUUCUCGUGUGUGCCUUCCCUUCUGUGUUUGCCAUUGGAGCCCUGACCACCCAGCCAGAGAGCCCCCGAUUUUUCCUGGAGAAUGGGAAACAUGAUGAAGCCUGGAUGGUCUUGAAGCAAGUCCAUGACACCAAUAUGAGGGCGAAGGGGCACCCCGAGAGAGUGUUCUCAGUGACCCAAAUCAAGACCAUCCGUCAGGAGGAUGAAUUGAUUGAGAUCCAGUCAGACACAGGGACCUGGUACCAGCGCUGGGGGGUCCGGGCAAUGAGCCUAGGGGGCCAGGUUUGGGGAAACUUCCUUUCCUGUUUUGGCCCUGAAUAUCGGCGCAUCACCCUGAUGAUGAUGGGCGUGUGGUUCACCAUGUCAUUUAGCUACUAUGGCCUCACCGUCUGGUUCCCCGACAUGAUCCGUCACCUCCAGGCAGUUGACUAUGCUGCCCGAACCAGGCUCUUUGCAGGAGAACGGGUGGAGCACGUGACCUUCAACUUUACACUGGAGAACCAGAUUCACCGUGGGGGCCAGUACUUCAAUGACAAGUUUAUUGGCCUUCGACUGAAGUCGGUGUCUUUUGAGGACUCACUGUUUGAGGAAUGUUACUUCGAGGAUGUCACAUCCAGUAACACGUUCUUUCGGAACUGCACAUUUAUCAACACAAUAUUCUACAACACAGACCUGUUUGAAUACAAGUUUGUAGGCAGCCGACUGAUAAAUAGCACAUUCUUACAUAGCAAGGAAGGCUGCCCACUGGAUGUGGCUGGGACAGGUGAAGGUGCUUACAUGGUUUACUUUGUCAGCUUUCUGGGCACACUCGCUGUGCUACCUGGGAACAUAGUGUCAGCCUUGCUCAUGGACAAGAUCGGCCGGCUUCGAAUGUUGGCGGGCUCCAGUGUCAUGUCAUGCAUCUCCUGCUUCUUCCUGUCCUUUGGGAACAGUGAGUCGGCCAUGAUCGCUCUGCUCUGCCUCUUCGGCGGGGUCAGCAUCGCGUCUUGGAACGCGCUGGAUGUGCUGACCGUUGAGCUCUACCCCUCGGAUAAGAGGACCACAGCCUUUGGUUUCCUGAAUGCUCUGUGUAAGUUGGCAGCUGUGCUCGGGAUCAGCAUCUUCACCUCUUUUGUGGGGGUCACCAAGGCCGCCCCCAUUCUCUUUGCCUCUGCUGCCCUUGCCCUUGGCAGCUCUCUUGCCCUAAAACUUCCAGAGACCCGGGGGCAGGUGCUGCAGUGAGGGAGAGUUGGAGGACAUGGGGGCAGUGCACUGUGAGACCAACGGCUCCUUCCUCACACCCACCUCCAUCUGGCCCCGGGAACCCCCCCCAUCAGCCCUCUCUACCCCUCUUUGUGUUUGGUGUCUUAGCUGUGUGUGUAUGUUUAUGUGUGCCUGUGUGCACGUGUGUGCAUGUGCGUGGGUGUGGUCCUCAUGGGGCAGGGGCUACAGAGGAGAAAGCUCUUCUCCCUAAGGUUCUGGGGCUCAACUCCCUACCUCCAACUAUCCUUAGUGUACAGAAGAGUCUCCUGUCCUUCCCUAAUGUCAUGGUUAAGGCUCUUACCCCUACUUAGGGCCUCUAGAGAAGGCCCUCAUUCAACCUGUGUGAACCUCAGUUCUCUCCUGGAAUUAAAAUCCAGGAGAAGGGGAUGCCAGGGCAGAGUGGGAUGAAGUAUUUCUUCUCCCCUUGGCUCAUCUGUGUGUUCUUCAGGGGUAUGGGGUUGGGGAGUAGAAAGGCUGAAGACCAGGGGUCUGAAGAUGAGGUUCAGGAUCUUGGGUAGAGAGAACUACUGAAAUGGAGGGUCACAGGAUGCCCUCCUGCAUCUCCCUGUGGAUGCUGGUAGGGGUAGCAAUAAUCCUUAGCCCCCUGGCCUUCCCCUUCCUUUCCCCCAAUUCGGGGUGCAAGUUUGAAUCCCGAGUUUUAUAAAAUUUGAUUUCUUAUUUUUAUUUAUUUAUAUUCAGUUCUGAGGCAGCUCAGCAGGUGCGUGUGUGUAUGUGUGUGUAUUGUGUGUGUGUAGUGGGGAGGGGUAUGUUGCUGUAUUGUCUUGAAAUUUAAGCCAAGGGUAAUUUUAACAGAUACACAUGGCUGUGGCCUCACCCACACAGUGCCCUGCUUGCCCGUCCUGUGGCAGGCCUAAGAGGUGUAACCUCUGGGCUGGGUGGGCAAAGGAAACACCUAGACUCGGGGGACAACUCUAGGUUAAACAUGAUCUAAGCACAGUGUCCCCUCCCUCUCCCCCUAGAGAAGCACAGGCUCCCCUGCAGGUAGGGGUUCUACCCACAAUAGCACAGAGAGAAGAGCACAGGUAGCCACUCUCUCCAAGGGGACCCCAUGCUGGGAGUUGCAGGGAAGAGACCUGGCACUUGGUCAAACCAGCAGACAGCUCUAAAAGCACAAGGAUCCCGGAGUGGGAACACAGGGUCCCUUUCCCUGAGCCCCUCUAGCCAGGCUGGGAGCUUUGGUGAGGUUCCAGCCCCAGCCCAGGAGCCUCACUUCCCCCUUAUAAUCUCUUCCCCAUGAAGUGGCCCCUGCCAUUUAAACUGUAGCUGCUCCUUACCCGGUGUGACUGGUCUUUCUCUGGUGCCCCCCACUGUAGUUGUGAUGUGUUGUAGUUUUUAGCUGUUUGUAAAAUGUAAAAAAAUAAAAUAAAAUCUACAAAAAAAAACAGGAAAAAAAAGGAAAAAAGGGGAAAAGUAUGAAAAACAAAACGUAAAAUCCAAAUCCCCCUCCUCUCAUAUGGCGUCUGGCCCCCUCCAACCCUGUGGUCACUCCCCUCAUUUUGUAACACUGACCAGGUGAUGACCGUUGAACUCCUUGUGUCUGUGCUCAGACCACCCCUUCCCUUCUGGUGCCAUGUUUUAUGAGCCACAGCUCUGUCACUCCAUCCUGCCAGACGCAACUCUUUCCCUUCCACCCCAGGAGGGGCCGUCCAUCUUCCCACCCUCCUGGGAAUGCCCCUCCCCUCCAGUCGAUGUGAAAAAACGAAAUGAAAAGAGAAAAAUAAAAUUUUAAAAAAUCCUUAAAA